UCAGCUAAACCGAGAAACCUUCUCUUGUUCCAUCUGUCUGGAUCUACUGAAGGAUCCGGUGACUAUUCCCUGUGGACACAGUUACUGCAUGAACUGUAUUAAAACCCACUGGGAUGGAGAGGAUCAGAAGGGAGUCUACAGCUGCCCUCAAUGCAGGAAAACUUUCAUACCAAGACCUGUCCUGGAGAAAAACACCAUGUUAGCAGCUUUAGUGGAGCAGCUGAAGAAGACUGGACUCCAAGCUGCUCCUGCUGAUCACUGCUAUGCUGGACCUGAAGAUGUGGCCUGUGAUUUCUGCUCUGGUAGAAAACUGAAAGCCAUCAAGUCCUGUUUAGUCUGUCUGGCCUCUUACUGUGAGAAACACCUUCAGCCUCAUUAUGAAUCACCUACAUUCAAGAAACACAAGCUGGUGGAGCCCUCCAAGAACCUCCAGGAGAACAUCUGCUCUCGUCAUGAUGAGGUGAUGAAGAUGUUCUGCCGUACUGAUCAGAAGUGUAUCUGUUAUCUCUGCUCCAUGGAUGAACAUAAAGGCCACGACACAGUCUCAGCUGCAGCAGAAAGGACUGAGAGGCAGAGAGAGCUGGAGGUGAGUCGACAAGAAAUCCAGCAGAGAAUCCAGGACAGAGAGAAAGAUGUGAAGCUGCUUCAACAGGAGGUGGAGGCCAUCAAUCACUCUGCUGAUAAAACAGUGGAGGACAGUGAGAAGAUCUUCACUGAGCUGAUCCGUCUCAUCCAGAAAAGAAGCUCUGAUGUGAAGCAGCAGAUCAGAUCCCAGCAGGAAACUGAAGUGAGUGGAGUCAAAGAGCUUCAGGAGAAGCUGGAGCAGGAGAUCACUGAGCUGAAGAGGAAAGACGCUGAGCUGAAGCAGCUCUCACACACAAAGGAUCACAUCCAGUUUCUACACAACUACCCCUCACUGUCAGCACUCAGUGAGUCUACACACUCAUCCAGCAUCAAUAUCCGUCCUCUGAGAUACUUUGAGGAUGUGACAGCAGCUGUGUCAGAGCUCAGAGAUAAACUACAGGACAUUCUGACAGACAGAUGGACAAACAUCUCACCGACAGUCACUGAUGUGGAUGUUUUACUGUCACAACCAGAACCAAAGAGCAGAGCUGAAUUCUGA